AGGAGGGAGAAGAGCUCCGACCUCCAGCGUCCUGUGGCUGCACUCCCAGCUGGGAAGCAAAUCCACCAAGUGCUGUCUGCCUGGAGAGGUGCUGAGCUGGAGAUCUGGGGGUCCUGCUUGCCAAGCAAGGGAGGCUUUCAGCAGGGCUCUUUCUGAGAGGAGAGGUCUGUGUGGGUGUUUUUCUGGGAGAAGAAGGAGAGAAUCAAUUCCCCAAAGGGAUUAGCCAAGAAGAGAUGAAGGAAGUGACUGGGCUCUCAGGAUGGUUUCGAGGAAGGUGGUGGCCACUUUGCUGCUGGUGUCCCUGCUGUCCGUGCUGGCUGAGCAGACCCAAGGCUUCAUGCCCUUUUUCACCCAGAGUGACUUCCAGAAAAUGCAGCUGCAGGAAAAGGAGAGGAACAAGGCAGGGCAGAAGAAAUCCCUGAGCUCGCUGCAGCAGCUGGAGGAGGAAGGUUUCUCUGAGCAAUCUGGUGUGGAUGUCAAUGCAGCCAAGACCCUCCAGCAAGCCCUUCCUGUCAGAGCUUGGCUCACCCCAAGGCAGCUGGAAAAAUACCAAGAUGUCCUGGAGAAACUGCUGGCAGAGCUGUUACAGGACACCCCAGAUGCUGACUGAUAUCUGCAGGAUCAGAAGAGAAAGUGCUGGAGCUGCUCAAGCUGAAAGACUCCACUUAUGUAAACGAAAUUUGUGAGAGAGAUUAACAAAAUCUGAGGUGAGACAAUAAAUGUGCAACGUAAUUAAAAGGAGGAUUU